AUGACAAUUCCACCGAAAAUGAAUGCUCUUAACUCCAAUCGUUCUUUAUCUGAAAGUAGCAACAAAGUGGAAUUUUCACAAAAUUCUACUUCCACAUUUUCAUCACCUUCGAGCUCAUAUCUCGAUCUACCUCUUGAUCCAAAGAGUUGGACUCCCACUCAAGUCGCUACAUACCUUACUUAUUCAUUGCAACUCUAUCCUCCCGAAACUGUAUCUGAUUUAUCACGUUAUGUUCAAAAUGAUCUAAUGCUUACAGGGCGUAGAUUUUUGAGACUUAAGGAAGAACAUUUAAAGCAAUUUGGAUUUAAUGAAUCAUGGACAAAACUUAUUAUGUCGAGCGUUAAGGCUUUGAGAAGAGAGCAAUUAAGAGAAAAAAUAUUGUUGAAAGGAUAUGGAAUUGUGGAGGAAUCGGAAGAAUUGGGGUGUGAAGAAUUCGAUAUGAUAGAUGCAAAUGAAGAUUGCUCAUCCAAAAUAUCACCUGCAUUAAAUUCUUCUUCUAAUAUUAUGCCAAAUAAUGUAACUUUCUCAGACUUGGUUGCUUAUGACAAAGAAUUAAUUAGACAUGAAUUAUUUAAACGAGAUGUUAUUAAAUUGGAAUCAGACAAGAAAAUGGACACAUCUGAAUCAUUUUCUAUAUCAUUGUCGUUUUCUCGUGUACUAUCUAAUGCAUUAGAGUGGGCCAAAAAGCUUUUUGGACGCACGACUUACAUUAACGGAUUUGCACAAGGUACCGUAUUUGGAGGAAUCAUUGUAUUGGCAUAUAUGAGAGCGAUUAGGUGA